AUGGCCACCAAGGCUGCCACCAAACGGUUAACCCGUGAAUACCAAAAUAUCCAAAAGAACCCUCCUCCGUUCAUCAUUGCCCACCCGUCAGAGUCGAAUAUUCUAGAAUGGCACUACGUCCUCACGGGCCCUCCACAGACGCCAUAUGAGAAUGGGCAGUACUGGGGCACGCUCAUCUUCCCUCCGGACUACCCCUUUGCGCCGCCGGCGAUCCGCAUGCACACGCCCAGCGGACGCUUCCAGCCGUCGUCCCGGCUGUGUCUCAGCAUCAGCGACUUCCACCCCAAGUCCUUCAACCCGGCGUGGGAGGUGUCGACGAUCCUCAUCGGGCUGAUGUCGUUCAUGACCAGCGAGGAGAUGACGACGGGCAGCGUCAGCGCGUCGGACGCCGAGCGGCGGUUGCUGGCGGCGCGGUCGCGCUGGUGGAACUCGACGGGCGGCGGCUCGCACGGGCGAGCGGUGCCGGGCGUGACCACGACCAUCAAGGGCAUCGGCAAUGUCAAGGCCGGCGACGGCGGGCGCAAGUUCCGCGCGGAGUGGCCGGAGCUCGACGACGAGAACUGGACGUGGAUGCGCGACCACCGCAUCGACGCGGUCACGGGCCAGGUGCAGCCCGACCCCAGCCCGGCGGCGGCGUCGUCCGCGUCACAGACGGCAUCUGCCAGCUGCUCGCCCGAGACGGCGGCGCUGCGACGGCGGCCGGCAGGCAGCACGGUGGGACUGGGGGCGGUGGUCGAGGGUGGGCAUGUUGUGGCGCGCGACGUCGGGCAGAGCUGGCUGCGGCGGCACAAGGUGUGGAUCGGGGUGCUGAUGGUGCUGGGCUACGCGCUGCUGACGCGGCUGUUCGAUGAUAUCCGGGUGUGA